UUUACUCGGAAAGCUUUUUGUUUUGUUGAUGAUCGCUUUUUGUAGUGUUUUUGACAUUAGUUUGGCUACAUUUUGGAUGAAUGCAUUGACGUAACAACCUAUUUGCUACGAUAGUGUGCCGUACGUAGCCGCUUCUGAUAAGAAUGGUCUAUUUUUAUUACUCCCAGUGUGUGAAAUUGAUCCUGAUGGCGAAUGACCGACUGCGAGCUUUGGAAGAGGUUGAGAAUCAAAUUGCAACGAUUCUCCAGUGCGCAGGCAACGUUGUGUUGGAGCUGUCUAAAGACAAGCACAACGGCAGUUUCCUGGACAGACAGCUCAGCCAGUUUACUGGAUCCGUCAACAGAGUGGAGACUGAGCUCAGCUCACAAAUCAGAUACCUCACACAGGUUGCCACAGGUCAGCCCCACGAAGGCUCCACAUACUCGGCCAGGAAAGACUGUCAAAUGGCCUUGAACCGAGCAGAAUACACCAGGGUCAAACUGGGAGAGCUGGGACGCACCUGCGAAGUCAUGCUGGAUCCACAACUCUGAGAGAACACACAUGGUCGGCAGUAGGGGGAUGUUUCCAUCGCUUGCUGCCACCAUGGUGUUUUAGGACCACCUGCUGAAGAGAGGUGGGGACUGAAAUACUUCAUUUUAACAUUUUUUUGUAUGAUAUCAAUCCUGUAUUUGGUAAUGUUCUGUAAUAAAGUUAGUGUUUCAUUAUCCUGCUUGUCAUGCAUACACAGAACGUACACGCACUUACAAAUAGACCAUUUUGUAUGUUAAGUUUUUUAUUUGACAUUUUCUAAAAUGCAGUACAAAAUAAAGAAGCGACAUAUAUUCUCCAAUGUAAUUUUUUGUAUAAUCUUUUACGUUUUUUUCAUUGUCAUUUUGUUCCAUUUUAUUGAGUAAAAUAACAUUGCUUAUACAG